UCUUAGCAUUAGCAUUAGCUGGCUGAAGUUAGUGAGCUGGGAAACCGCGGCAUGUUCGGCGUCUAUCUGAGUUGCCAGGGUUCGUUUGUGUGACCGGCUGAAUGGUGUGCUGCCGCUCAGUCCCACCGCGAUGCUCCCGGACGGUUCAGUUCAGCUCCUCUGCCUCACCGCCAGCAGCGGCGUCCCUCUGUUCACCAGGGGCGCCUCCAGACCGCUGCCCUUCUCGGUCAUCGGCUCCCUCAACGGCGUGCACAUGUUCGGAGGAGGCCAGGGCGCGUGGCUGUCCUCCUGUGAGAGCCAGGGCGGGGGUCAGGUGGUGUGGCGGGUCUUCCACCAGAGUCUGAUGCUCAUAGCUGUGAGUGGAGGGCAGCAACAGAGGAGCCCGGCCCAGGAGACGAGCAGCUCCUGCCGCGAUGACCCCAUCUGCCUGGACCGUCUUCUGGAAAACGUGUGGAGCUGUAUGGUUCUGGUUCUUGGCCUGGACGAGCUGAUGAACGUGAGGAAUGUGGAGCGGCUCAAGAGAGACCUGAGGUCCUGCUUCGGCCUCAUCGACCAGCUGCUGGGAGACCAACAGGAGGGCAUGCUGGGUCCCGUGACCCACUGCGCUGACACCCUCCUGCCCCCAAACCCCACCCUGGUGCAGGAAGCCGUGGAAGGCUUCGCUGCGGCUGCGGACAGCGAGUUCGGCUGCCUCCUGGUUCACGGGCGGAUCGCGGCUGCAACCGAGAAGUGGUGGCGCCUGGCGCCACAGGAAGUGGUGCUGCUGACCGCCUUGAUCCGCUCCCUGUCCUGUGGCGGAGCUGUGUCAUGUGACUACCCGGUCUUCUUGCCUCACGGCAGCCCCAGCGUCGCCCACCGGCUCCUGCGCUUCCAGCUGCUCCCAGGGGCAGACGUGUGUGUGCUGUGCGGGCCCACGCCGUCCCUGUACCAGGCGGAGAGCCAGCUGGUCGGGCGCUUCUGGUCCCCCCUGGUGGAGUGUUUAAGAGACUGCCUCGACGUGGGACAGCGCUGUCUACCCAAGUCCGUGUCCCUGCGCCCCGAUGUCCUGGCUCUGCUCCUCAUCAGUCGUGAAACACGGCGCUCCAUCUCUUGUGUCAUGACCCCUGCCAGUCAAGACCCCCCUCCGCCCCCUCGAGGCCGUGCCUGGGAGCUGCUGAAGCUUUUCUACAUCUUCUGCAUGAGAAGGUACUUCAGACAAGAGGAGUCGGGCUCCUCAGAGGCCCAGCAGGGAAGCGCCGAAGACUUUGCUCUUGGAUUUACCCACCAGCCCCAGCAAUGUUACCUGGUCACAGACGAGUGUAAGAGCUACGCUCUUCAGACGCCACAACACCAACUCUUCCUGCUGUGUCCGCUGGCGGUGCCCACGUUUGCUCUGCGAUCAGUCGCGACACAAACUCUCGCUGACGUCACUGCUGCCACCGGCUUUUAACUACUGAGCUGACUAUCGGUCACAAGCACUGCCAUCAUGCUGACGCCGAAAUGAACCUCACUCUUGGUGCUCGACUGACUCUGAAGGGGAAGAGUAAACUGUGAACUUGAAAUGUGCCUCCUCUAUCAGCAGGGCUUAAUCUGUACCUCAUUUUGUACCUGAAUAUAAGAAUUUUGAUUCUAAAAAUGAAGAAGUGCUUCUAAAAUUCAGAAUCACUUUUUCUUCAUUUAUUGAAGUCUGACCUGUUUUGCAUAAAUAGGAUAUUUAUGUGGAAAUGUCGCCAUCUGCUGGUUUUUCAGCCUCGCAUGCAACGCAAACUCCAAUUCACAAGUAUUUUCUGAACGUUUUCAAGCGAGUAGAUAUGUCGGUGGACUCAACAGUUCUGCUGCUGGUGAGUCAUUCUCUCUGUGUUGAACCUGGAUGGUUUUUCACUUGAACCCGUGGGCAGGUCAGGUGGUGUGGGGACAUGGUGAGGCAAGUGGGAGGGUUUCCAUUGAGUCAUCUCUGUGUCUCUGGUUCAGGAUGUUCUGUCACCUGUUCACACAUCAACC